AUGGCAGCCGUCGUUAAUAUGCGCUUGAACGUGAUAAUUUCGGAUCCACCGUAUUCAAGUGAAGCCUACUCGGAGAAGUCGGUGGACGAGAAUGUCGUGCAGCAGAUAACCAACUUCGGCGAUGAUUUCUGGACCAUCCUCCCCUCGGGCUCGUCCAGUCUGAGCGUCAACGGCGAGCGGCACUGGAGCGAGUCGGACGGCGGCGAGUCCAGCGCCGAGGAACUGCGCAACGUCCUCAACGAGUCCCUGCGGCAGUUCCACAUCGCGCAGACGGCACUGCGCGGCGCCGGUCACCGCCUGCGCAAUCGCUGUGCACAGUUGAAGGAAAUUCGGGCCACCUGCCAGACGAAUCUGGACUGGCUGGGCACGAUUGACAAGCACAUCGCCGCCAGCGUCGACACGGCGGAGAAUUCCCCGCUGACGGGCGAAAAAGGGCUAAUCAGAGAUUUGAUUGAACGGUGGGAUGGUCUGUUGGGCGAAGUGGUGCGCAGUGAAGCCUGUGGACAGUGGGCGCGUUCCAUCAGUGAAGCGCUGCGGGAUAUCCAGGCCACGGUGGUGCUCUUAUCUAACGCGUUUAAUCCUAAACAUCCCUCGCCACUCCUCAUCCGCAGCGUCCAGGCCUGCGCCACGAUCCACCAACAGAUCCAGACGAAACUGUCGACACUGGACACCUGCACCACGGACACGACGCGUCUGUUAACCCGCAUCAGCGAGCACUCCACCAGCUGCGCCCUUUGCACACCUACCAGCGCUUCCCUCUUCGCCGACGCCCAAUCCCUGCACCACCACCUGGACACCCUCUCCCAAUUAGGCCGGCGCAGUCUGGACGACGUGGCCACCUACCAGCGCCGCUUAUCCACCGUCCGCGGGCGGCUGACCACGCUGCAGUCCGCGCUGACCUCCUCCCUCCCGGAUCUGGUGCCCCUGCACGACGGGGAAGCGGGCGGGGGGCGGGAUCUCCCGGGGGAGUGGCGGGAGGUGGAGCGGCUGCUGCAGCAGCUGACGGGGAUGGAGCGGUUUGUGCUGCUGGACGCCGAGGUCGGGGAGAUGGUCAAGGAGGUCAAGGGGAUGCUGGGGAAGAUGGAGGAGGACGGGCGGGAGUGUCCGCGCCGGACAUUUCUUCCUGCUGACAAACCGGAAUCUCAUAAACUGGAGGAAGCGCUCCCAUUGAUCCCGGAGAAGACGAGUGUCCUGUCCAAACCGGCAGCGACGACAACGGUCCGUCUUCCCGAUCCUCUUCUCCAUCGCGACUCGAUCGUCAAAGUGAAGACGGACAUUUUAGCGUCGAAAUGGCGGCGCACGUGUCUGUUGAGCGCGCCGUUUGCCGGCUUGCUCAUCUUCCUAUGCCUGCUGGCCGGCGCCUUCCUCUUCCAGCCGCACUGCUGCUCCUACACCACCCAGAAGAAUCUCUUCACCAUCACCCUCGACUAUCCAAACGGAAGUCCGCCCAUCUGAUUUGUUUCCGGGAAUUUUGCGGAAAUUAUUUGUGGACUAUUUCGAAAUUUUUUGUGGAUUUUUGCCGGUUUGUUGACCAAGUUUUCAGCUAUUGCCUAAGAACUGUCAUCAUCGGAAAAUUUUUCUGGAAUAUUUUUUCAAGCGUUGGAGAAAUUUUCUGGAUUUGCUUCUGAAUAUUUCCUGGAAUUUUGGGAUAUUGUCGUGCGAUAUACUGAAUAUUUUGUGGAGUUUUUCCAGAUUUGUUGACCAAGAUUCCAGGCAUCUACGGAAGGUCACCGAUGUCUUCCGGAAUUUCUGGAAUUUUUUCGAAGUUCGGGAGCUUGGAGGAUUUUUCUGGGAAUAUUUGUUAAUUUUUCCGGGAAUUUUGUGGAAUGUUUUGAAUCUUUUUAUGGAUUUUUGCCGGUUUAUUGACCAAUUUUCCAGUCAUUUCCGCAAGGCUGUCGGCAUCAUCCGGAAUUUUGUGGAAUAUUUUUCGGAGCGUGGAAGAAAUUUUCUGAAUUAUUUGGGAAAUUUUUCUGGGAAUUUUGUGGAAUAUUCAGCGUUGUACGUAGUUUUUGCCUUGAUCAGAGGGGCCUUGGAUUGUUACACGGACAUUCCAGAAGCGAAAACUUAUUGCGGGAAAAUGUGGGGUUGUUGUUGUUGGUUUUGCACAGGCCUGACUGAUGCGCUGCAUGUUGUGUUCCUUUUAGCAAGUUCUAAGUCAAUUUAUCAUGUUUUGCGUGUUUAUAAUUGUCUGCGUUUGAAAUUGGUGUAAAAUUUGCAGCUGCUGAAUUUUCCUCUGAUGCAGUGUGAAAUAAACUGAAGG